CACCCCCGCGCCUACGGCUCCCUGCUGCACGCCGAGGCCGUGCCCAUCGUGGGCGGCAUCGACACACUGGAGCUGCCCGGCGCUGCCGUGGGGGAGAUGGGAUUUAACGAUGAUCCCGGCCCAUCUCAUCAACCCGGUCUUGAGAAGAUAAACCUAAAAGAAGAGAUAGUGGUGAAAGUGGUAGGGCCGGAGGAAAGCCCUGAGGACAUGGCAGUAGUCCCACCUAGCCAGGAGCAGCUACCUUAUCUGGGGACAUCGGGUGGUGCUUCCUCAGGGAAGGUAAAAGCCAAAUCAAAAGGCAGAUCCCAGGCAGACCAAAUCGGAAUAACUGAAGCGGACCUAGUGCAGAUUCAGCAGACCCAUAUGCAGGUGAUUCAGUCUGGCUUUGACAGUGUCAACCACAAUCUUCAGCUGCUGCAGCAAGGCAUGCAGGAUCUGAGUAACAGCCUGAGCAUCAUGGCGCAUACGCUUGUUGCUAUCAAAAACGUCUACAUGAAAAACAACACCGGCCCAACUACAUACACCACCACCUCUACUCAGACCACAGCCGGGUACCUGAGCCCGGGUUCUCCCCAGGUUUCCCCUGCUGAGGACAGAGGCCGGGUGCAGAUGGCUGGGAGCAGCAGCAGGAGCAGCAGCUGCAGUUCCAGCUCUACAUCCCAGGAACCAGGUCCUUCAGAAUUUCCCAGGCCCCCCCUGAGAACCAUUAAGAAAGAACAUCCAAACGGCUGCUACUACUUCUGCUUUGCAGACAUGUAAAACUUGAAUAUAUGUACAGUGACUGUGGUGUUAGGUGCUGUUGUUUGUUCUGCUCCAGCCUGUGACUUGAAGGAGCAAAGUGGACUUGCCCCCCGCAUUUUUUCCCAGUGGGAAAUGUUUCUCUAUAGGAGGUGGCAUUAAACACUAAAUACCAGUUCUGUUAACUCAGUUUCAGUUGGCUAAUGUUUUUCUGCUGUUCUCUUUAUCCUCUUACUCUCUCAAAAACAAACAGAUUUAUUUUGGCUAUAACUCUUGUCUGUAUUACCCUUUGUUUAAUGUGACCUUUUGGAAAAUAAAAGGCAUGAGAUUUGGGUGAAAAAGUAACGUUAUGGUUACUGACUACCAGGAGCUGUCUUACAUGAGUUGCUUAGUUUUUGUUGGUUUUUUUUUUUUAAUUAAACAAAUGGCAAAAUGA